AUGCAGAACGGUGAAAGCGCGAUGACAUCCCACAAGGUGUCAACUACCGAGAGUUUACCACCUCAGACAGCUACGGCUGUAGCUUCAACUGCUCCAGCUGAUCCAGAAGAAAAGAAAAAUUUUGAGGAACUACUCGCAUGGGCGGAGAAGGGAACAACACUUAGACGUAUCAAGAGAAACAAACUACGAUCUCCAGCUCUCGUAUCCAUAAAAGAAAAAAAGUAUUUGAAUUAUUAUUCUAGUUAUCUCUUUAAUUUUCUGCCUGAUGCUCUGAAAUCAGUCUCUUUGAAUGAGUUGUUAGAGGUUCGCUGUGGUUAUAACACCGACAAUCUCCAUCGAGCCUCGAAGAAGUACGAGUUCCAAUGUGAAGCCCCGGAGUCCAAAUGUUUCUCAGUCAUUUUCACUCAUCGUAAAUUUCUUCAUAAAUCGAUUGAUUUUGCAGCUGAAACAAAAGAGAUUCGCGAUCGUUGGGCAUCAGUCUUGGCUCAUCUCAUAUCAUUGGCAAGAGAAAAUCAAGUUCAUUUCAACGAAACACAUUGGCUCAAAGAAAAAUUUAAUGAAGCUGACACGAAUAGAAAUGGGUCGCUUUCGUUUAUGGAAGUCUGGAAUUUGUUGAAAAAAAUGAAUUUGCAAAUAAGUGAGCCUUAUGCUCGGGCUAUUUUUAGGGAGUCUGAAGAAACUAAUUCUAAGGAUGGAGUUUUGAAUCAGGCAGAGUUCAUCAAUUUCUUCCAAAGGUUGACUGAUCGUCCUGAGCUUCGUCACCUUCUCCGAAUGGCAUCUGACGAUGUCAUCGAGACUAUUAAUACCACUGAGCUUCAUCGCUUUCUCACUCAAGAACAGCAGUUUGUUGAUGUUGAUGAAAAAAAAGCUGAAACCAUUCUUGACACCUUCGAACAAACGAAGCAGGACGCAAACAAACCUAAAUUGAUGGGAGUUAUAGGCAUGAGGCGUUUAUUACAAUCUCGAUGGGGAAAUAUUUUGAAGCCUGGUCAUGAAGGCAUUUUCCAGGAUAUGACGAAACCUUUGCCCUAUUACUUUUGUAAUUCUUCUCAUAACACCUAUCUAACUGGACUCCAAUUGAAAGGCGAAGCAACGGUUGAGGGAUACAUUGCUGCCUUGAGAAAGGGGGCACGCCUGCUAGAACUUGAUCUUUUCGACGGAGAACAUGGGGAGCCUGUGAUCACGCAUAAGAGAACUCUUAUUGAACCAAUUUCUCUCCGUAACACUCUACAUGCCAUUAAGCGAGAGGCAUUUGCUUCCAGCCCUUAUCCAGUGAUCCUUACAAUUGAAAAUCAUGUUGGGGUUGUUCAACAGAAGGUUAUGGCCGAACUCUUUGAGGAGCUUCUGGGUGACAUGCUAUAUGUAUCCCCUAAAGACUCUGGAAAAAACCCACUUCCAAGUCCAUAUGAGUUGAAAAGAAAAAUUUUGAUUAGAGGAAAGAAGUUGUCAACUUCUGAUGAAGUAGCAGAUGAUAAUGAAGAAGAUAACGACUCUCCUACAGCCAAUGAUAAAGCGCAUCACGUAAUCCCAUUAGACCCUCAUUUCUCAUGCUUGGUGUCAUUACCGUCUGUCAAAUUAUCAAGCAACAUUUACAACGAUAUGCAGUCUCAUCCUCAAGAUGGUUCACCUUCUUUAUCUGAAAACAAAGUUACAUCGUUAUAUGACGCCGGUUUUCCCAUAUUCACAUAUUCAGCCAGUCGCUUCAUUAAGAGCUAUCCAAAGGGUUUGCGGCAAGACUCGUCUAAUAUGCAUCCAAUGGCUUCAUGGAUUUGUGGAAUACAAAGUGUUGCUAUGAAUAUGCAAACAGCAGGAGAGGAACUGGAUCUCAACACUGGCAUGUUCCGUGUCAAUGGAAAUUGUGGAUACGUUUUGAAACCUCAAGUUUUAUUGGAUGGGAUAGAUCCUCGAUCUAUGAUAGUGCCAAAAGUGAAGUUUGGAAUUGGUAUAAUCAGCGCACAAUACUUGCCUAAAUCUGAACCUGGAAGAGAUAUAGUCGACCCCUAUGUUUCUGUUCAAAUCUUCGGGAUCCCUGCUGAUGAAGAUAAACAAAAAACACGUACUAUAAAAGACAACGGCUUUAAUCCUGAGUGGAAUCAGAGCUUCCAAUUCUUAUUACGGUGUCCCGAAGUAGCGAUUAUGAGAAUUUGUGUUAAAGAUUUCGAUUCUACUACAACGAACGACUUUAUCGGAGAGUUUUCAAUUCCCAUCAGUAGUGUUCGCUCAGGAUAUUCGCAAAUUCGGCUCAAUACAGGACAUCAACAUACGGUAGAUCAAUGUGCUUCACUCUUUGUGCGUAUUGCUAUGGACCCCGUGUAA